CGCAGCUGCCGAAACCGUGUCGAGUUGGCAAGCUGUCCUGUGUAAUCCGUAAUCCGUACCCCGUACCCAAGAGCUCAAUCGAUGCCGCAUCAACCACUCGAACAGGCGCACAUACCUUCCAUGUUCGUUUUCAUUUGACGCAGGAGGGCGCGUCAGCCGGAACAAUCAUGCGAAGGACAGGCGCUUUGGCGCUUUUGAGCGCUCUCGCUCACGGCAGUCUUGCGGCAGCGAACAGCUUACCCCGGGGCGUUGGACCUGAGUUUGCCAGGUUUUAUACGAACAAGUCUGCCUUCACGUGCAUUAGCAACCCCUCCAUCACACUCGAGCCGGCUCAGAUCAAUGACAACUCAUGCGAUUGCCCCGACGGCUCUGAUGAGCCAGGAACUGCUGCUUGUUCCCACAUUGACUCCCUGUCUCCUGAGCAACCCCUCCCGGGGUCGAUAACAGGCACCACCAACACUACGAAUGCCCUGCCCGGCUUCUGGUGCGCCAAUGCAGGCCAUAUCGGUAACUACGUGCCUUUCAUGUACGUUAAUGACGGCGUGUGUGACUACGAGCUGUGCUGCGACGGCAGCGACGAGUUUGCACAUGUUGGCGGGAUCCAGUGCGAGAACCGCUGCGACGCCAUCGGCAAGGAACACCGUCGCCUGGAGGAGGAACGCAGGCAGAGCAAGGAGAGAUCGGCCAAACGGAAACGGACCAUGGCGAAAGAAGCCCGCGAACUGCGGCGCAGGGUGGAGGCCAGGGUUUCCACCCUGAAAGCGGAACUAGAGGGGCUUGAGAUUAAGAAGGAGGAGCUGCAGAAGAAGUACGAGGAAGUUGAACGCUCUGAGCGGAACAAAGUAGUUAAAGCUGGCGGCCAAGGCGGAAGACUCGGCGUCCUUGUCGGCCACGCGAAGGCCCGUGUAGCCAAGCUCCGCGACGCGCUGGACAAGCUGCUAGACCAGCGUGAUGACCUGCAGGAUAGGGUGGAACAACUCGAAGAUAUCCUCACCAAGCUCAAGGAGGAAUAUAACCCUAAUUUCAACGAUGAGGGCGUUAAGGCCGCCGUCAAGGCCUGGGAGGACUACGCAGCUGGUCAGGCCGGCGAGAAGCCAAGCGAGAUCUCGGAUACGGAGAUCACGGAGUUGCUGAAGGAAGACGGCGAAUCAUCUGGUAUCAACUGGGCCGAGUUCGAAAACUCCGAGGAGAGUGACGCGGAUGUUAUCUACAACUGGGAAGCUUACCUCCCAGGGCCCGUUAACGAUUUCGUCCGCGACAAGAUCGAGUUGUUGCGAGUUUGGGCCAUUGAGAAGGGUAUUCUGGCCGACAAUCGCAGCGGAGCCAAAGAAUCUCGUUUGGUCACAGCUGCCAGGGAGGCGCUAAAUGCCGUCAAGAACGACAUCUCGUCUAAAAAGGCCAACCUGGAAGAGCAGCAGCGUGACUUAGAGAAGGAUUACGGCGUGGACGACAUCUUCCGAGCUCUCAAGGGGAAGUGCGUCAAUAGCGACGUCGGCGAGUACAACUAUGAGCUUUGCUGGAUGGAGCGUGCGACGCAGAAGAGCAAGAAGGGACAUGGCAACACCAAUAUGGGCAACUUCGUGCGCAUUGACAAAGAAAUCGCAGAUGAGGAGGAACGGCCCGAUGGGAAGAGCCUGGGCAGGGGCGAGAGAAUGGUGCUACGGUAUGAGAACGGUCAGGGCUGCUGGAACGGCCCGCAGAGGAGAACCGACGUGUGGCUUGCAUGUGCCGAGGUGGACGAGCUUUGGCGCGUUACAGAGUCGGAAAAAUGCAUCUACAAGAUGGAGGUGGGCACCCCCGCCGCUUGCGAAGAUGUGCAAGAGCCGAGGGUGAGGACCAAGGAUGAGCUUUAGUACAUACAUGAAAAGUACAUUGUGGCGUGUUACAGCUGGCGUGGGCUCAUUAAAUAGUGCUUCAUUACUAGAGGCAGUUGUGGAAUAAACCUGACUUUGAAGCGAGACGCUGUCCCC